AUGCAUAUCAGACGACCUCAAGCUACUGAUCUCAGUGGUAUGGCGACAUUGGCCAGCAAGGCCAUGUCUGAUGAUCCCAUCACCGCAUUUGUUGCGCCCUACCGAAAACCGCAUCCGGAGUGCAUGCGUCUAGCAUUUUUCAGAAGAGCGAAAAAGCGUUUGUAUAGUGGUAAAUAUCUGCUCAUUGCUAUCACAGACCAGCAAGACCCUGAUUGGGAUGGCACUGAGAGAGUCGUUGGCUAUCUCGCGGCCACUUCACCCAGAUGGAAGGCGGAGCAAGCAAGUCAGUCGUACUUCUCCUGGAAUAACCUGGAACUUGCCGCUCUGUCGCUAGAGACUUUCUUCGUCGACACUGUCGGUGCUGACCGCUCCAAGUCCCUCAAAAAUCAAAAUGCCUUCUUGCACGAGUUACAGGCCGCUUACAGCACCGGCCCCUUUGCUCGUCUUGAAAAGUACUGGGAUAUUGACUUUCUGGCGGUCGACCCAGCCUAUCACCGACGAGGUAUCGGCAAAGCUCUUCUUGGACGCGUCCAGGCUUUGGCGGCUGAAGAAAGUGUCCCUCUGACUCUGCUCGCAACCGCCAUGGGAAAGCAUCUGUAUAGUCAUGCCGGUUUCGUUGAACUAUGCGAUCUGGGAUCAGGCUCGUAUUUUCUUUUUACAGCCAUGAUUUGGCACCCUGAACCUUCCACAGAA